GUGAAUAGUUACCAAAUUAGAAUAGAACCAAAUCAACAAGUAACCAGUAUCGAUUUUUAUAAUAAGGCAAGUGCUAUAGCUUUGCUGCAACUACUAAUCAUAUGGGUAAUGCAUUUUCCUUUAUUAUUAUCUCAUCCAUUGAAGGAAUGGUUACGAACUGCGAAUUGGUUCGUUGGGCUAUGUUUCUUUUUAGGACUCUUCAUUGAUUUGGAUAUGGGUCUCCUACCACAACUACAAUUUAAAUUUCGAUGGAACUACAUAAUAUUGGUAUUUAAUGUAUUCUUGAUUAUUUCUGGAUUUCGAAUGCUACUGACAAUCAUCUAUGAAUUGGCAAUUGCAACUCAAGCAAUUUUUCCAGGUGAUAAACGAUUCAGUUUUCGAGAUGAUCAAUAUUUUCUAUUUGGAUUAGUACUUGCAACAAUAAUGAUUUGGAUGAAUAUGAUCAUUUCAAGUGAAAUAUCGCUUAUAUGCAGUGUAUUUAAUAAAACAUGCAAU